GGUUUCAAACAACGUGAAGUCUCGCGUGAGUUGCAUGUCUGAAAACCGGGAACAGGCAGUUUAGCGUUCACCUCUAGUCAAACCACCAAUUUAUCUGUGUUUUCAGUGCGACUGCCAUGUCUUCCAGAAAGACCGUCCAUAAAAGAAAGUCUGCAGCUGUUGGAGAAGAUGUCGGUGAAUCAAAAAAGGUGAAAGUUUCUCACAGGAGUCAUCGUAAAGAGGCAGGCCAGGUUCUAGUUCUGGGCCAGGGUGAUGUUGGACAGCUGGGCCUGGGUGAGAACAUCACUGAGAGGAAGAAGCCAGCUUUUCUGUCUUUACCGGAGAAAAUGGUGCAAGUGGCAGCAGGAGGCAUGCACACCGUGUGUCUGAGUGAAAGCGGGCAUGUCUACACAUUUGGCUGUAAUGAUGAGGGAGCUCUUGGACGGGACACGUCAGAAGAAGGAUCUGAGAUGGUCCCAGGAAAGGUGUCUCUGGAGGAGAAGGUGGUCCAGGUGUCUGCAGGGGACAGCCACACAGCUGCACUCACAGAGGAUGGACAUGUGUACAUCUGGGGCUCCUUCAGGGACAACAAUGGUGUGAUUGGUCUUCUGGAUCCCAUGGCGACGUGUCCCGUUCCUGUUAAAAUCCAGCUGACAGAGGCUGUAGUGAAAGUUGCUUCAGGGAAUGACCACCUGGUCCUGCUGACGCUGGACGGAGAUCUGUACACAUCAGGCUCUGCAGAACAGGGACAGCUGGGACGAGUGCCGGAGCAGUUUUCAAACAGAGGGGGCAGGAGAGGUCUCGAGCGACUGCUGGUGCCUCAGAUGGUGAAACUCAAUAGGAGGGUUCACUUUACGGAUGUGUUCUGCGGGGCGUAUCUUACCUUUGCCAUGUCUAAAGAAGGAUACAUUUAUGGGUUCGGCCUCUCAAACUACCACCAGCUCGGCACUAAAAGCACCAAGAUGUGUUUCGUCCCGGUGAAGCUGACGUGUUUCAAGAACUCAACGACCACUUGGGUGGACUUCUCUGGAGGCCAACAUCACACGCUCUGCCUAGACUCUGAAGGGCAGGUUUAUAGUCUUGGGAGAGCCGAGUACGGUCGCCUCGGGCUGGGUCGAGGAGCUGAAGAGAAGAGCGAGCCCACGCCGGUGACAGGGCUGGAGUCGGCCCGGGAAGUGUCAUGUGGGGCUUCUGUCAGCUACGCCGUCACCAAAGAAGGAUCGGUGUAUGCUUGGGGCAUGGGAACCAACCUGCAGCUUGGAACAGGAGAGGAGGAGGAUGAGUGGAGCCCCGUGAAGAUGACAGGCAAACAGCUGGAGAACCGUGAAGUUCUGAUGGCGUCCAGUGGGGGGCAGCACACCGUCUUGCUGGUCAAAGACAAACAGGAGAGCUGAUGUUGUGCUGGACAGGAAGACGUUCAGGAUGCUGAGACGAGCUGAUGUUUGACCUGCUGUGCUGAGCCGAGGGAGCGUGAGGGGUUCAGGCCACGUGGGGUCACCGGAGGCCUAAACUCUUAUGAGAACUUAUUUGUUCUUAACCUGGGGCGAAAUGUUGGUUUAGAUCAUGAGAAAUUAAUCUGUUUGUUUUUUUUAAGAUUUCAAUUAAAUUUUACUGAGUCAUUUGUA